UGGGGGGAUGGUGGAAGAUUUUUGGUCUCUCCAGCAGCGUCUUUUCUUGAGCGGCGGCGGCAGCAGCAGCGGCAGCGGCGGCAGCAGCAGCGGGAGGAGAAGCAGCCCCAGCUAUGACUGCCGCAUGUUAAUAGCUGCCGCUUGGGUCUCUCGGCCGCUGCUGGAGACGGAGCCCGACUCCGAAGUUGUGCAACUGUGGACUGGGAGAGACAUUUGAACCUUGCUCUCUCUUUGCUCCGUUUUUACCCCCUCGGUGUGUUUGAAGCGAGACAACGUACAGGAAGACAAAUCUUUGGUUCUUUUUCCCCCCCUUCCCCUUUCUCCGUGGCUGUGUAGCAGAAGAAAGGGGGAAGGAGAGACUUUUUGUUGUUGUUUCUUUGGCUGGGGUCUCCACCCUCCUGCUGCUUUCUCUGCGCUGUGGUUAUCAUUUCUUGCGGCGUGUGGUGGGGGUGUCUUCUCCGGGGCCGGCCGGUCUUUUGCCCCGGGCUCCAUGGCUGGAUUGUGGAAACUGCACUCGGCUGCAGGUUGUUGAGCAACUGAUGGGACGAUCUCAGGGACCGGCGGUUACGAAAGGAAUGUUUAAAUGUUCAGUAAAUUGGAGGAAAAGAACAUGGACUUUUAGCUACUGAAGAGAAAAUUAAGAAUUCAAAUUUGGGAUACUGGUGUUUCUGUUUUUGAGGAUUUUUUUUUUUGAGGGAAAGUCGUUUUUUUUUUUUUUUUAAUCAUCGGUCUUGGAAUACAGAAGAGGAACCAGAAAUACAGUCAUUUUGUUUCACGCUGGGAACACUCAGUUUUGAGGCACUCACGCCCAAGUUCACAGCCAUGUGGCCAUCACAGCUACUAGUCUUUAUGAUGCUCAUAGCACCGAUCAUUCAAGGUGGCAAGCACAGUGAGCGACAUCCAGCCCUCGCUGCCCCACUGCGACAUGCUGAGCGCAGCCCAGGAGGCGCUCUGCCACCCAGACAUCUCCUUCAGCAGCCAGCAGCCGAGCGUGCCACUGCUCAUCGUGGACAAGGGCCCCGUGGAGCUACCAGAGGAGUUCGUGGUCCAGGUGCCCAAGGAGCCCAGAGUGCAGCCCAAGCUUUCAGCCGUGCCCCAAUUCCGAUGGCUGUGGUCCGCAGAGAGCUCUCCUGUGAGAGCUACCCCAUUGAGCUCCGCUGUCCAGGAACAGAUGUCAUCAUGAUAGAAAGUGCCAACUAUGGGAGGACUGAUGACAAAAUUUGUGACUCUGACCCUGCUCAGAUGGAGAAUAUACGAUGCUAUCUGCCAGAUGCCUAUAAGAUUAUGUCCCAAAGGUGCAAUAACAGAACACAGUGCGCAGUGGUGGCAGGUCCUGAUGUUUUUCCAGACCCGUGUCCAGGAACCUAUAAAUACCUUGAAGUGCAGUAUGAAUGUGUCCCUUACAUUUUUCUUUGCCCUGGACUACUAAAAGGAGUAUACCAGAGUGAACAUUUGUUUGAAUCUGACCACCAGUCUGGGGCAUGGUGCAAAGACCCUCUGCAGGCUUCUGACAAGAUUUAUUAUAUGCCCUGGACUCCCUACAGAACUGAUACCCUGACUGAGUACUCAUCCAAGGAUGACUUCAUUGCUGGAAGGCCAACUACAACCUACAAGCUCCCUCACAGGGUGGAUGGCACAGGAUUUGUAGUGUAUGAUGGAGCUUUGUUUUUCAACAAAGAACGCACCAGGAACAUAGUAAAGUUUGAUUUGCGGACUAGGAUAAAGAGUGGAGAGGCUAUCAUAGCAAAUGCCAAUUACCAUGAUACCUCUCCUUACCGAUGGGGAGGCAAAUCUGACAUAGACCUGGCAGUGGAUGAAAAUGGGCUCUGGGUGAUCUAUGCAACAGAACAAAACAAUGGUAAAAUUGUCAUUAGUCAAUUGAACCCUUAUACUCUACGGAUUGAAGGGACAUGGGAUACUGCAUAUGAUAAAAGAUCAGCUUCCAACGCAUUUAUGAUUUGUGGGAUUCUGUAUGUGGUCAAAUCUGUAUAUGAGGAUGAUGACAAUGAGGCCACAGGGAAUAAGAUUGACUACAUUUAUAACACUGACCAAAGUAAGGAUAGUUUGGUGGAUGUACCAUUUCCCAAUUCAUACCAGUACAUAGCAGCUGUGGAUUACAACCCCAGGGACAACCUUCUUUAUGUUUGGAACAACUAUCACGUCGUGAAAUACUCUUUGGAUUUUGGACCUCUGGAUAGUCGAUCAGGGCAGGCACAUCAUGGGCAGGUGUCAUACAUCUCUCCUCCAAUUCACCUGGACUCGGAGCUAGAAAGACCCCCUGUGAGAGAAAUCUCUACCACAGGACCUCUUGGCAUGGGAAGUACCACCACCAGUACCACCCUGCGGACCACAACUUGGAGCCCAGGCAGGAGUACUACCCCAUCAGUGUCAGGAAGAAGAAACCGGAGUACCAGCACCCCAUCUCCAGCUGUGGAGGUGCUUGACGACAUUACCACACAUCUGCCAUCAGCAGCGUCCCAACUCCCAGCCCUGGAAGAGAGCUGUGAAGCCGUGGAAGCCCGAGAAAUCAUGUGGUUUAAGACCCGUCAAGGACAGAUGGCAAAGCAGCCGUGCCCUGCAGGAACUAUAGGAGUGUCAACAUAUCUAUGCCUGGCUCCUGAUGGAAUCUGGGAUCCCCAAGGACCAGAUCUUAGCAACUGUUCUUCUCCUUGGGUCAACCAAAUAACACAAAAGUUGAAAUCUGGAGAGACAGCUGCCAACAUAGCUAGAGAGCUGGCUGAACAAACAAGAAAUCAUUUGAAUGCUGGAGACAUCACCUAUUCAGUCCGUGCCAUGGACCAGCUGGUAGGGCUCCUAGAUGUACAACUCCGGAACUUGACCCCAGGUGGAAAAGAUAGUGCUGCACGGAGUUUGAACAAGGCAAUGGUCGAGACAGUUAACAACCUCCUCCAGCCACAAGCCUCAAAUGCAUGGAGAGACCUGACUACAAGUGAUCAACUACGUGCAGCCACCAUGUUGCUUGACACUGUGGAGGAAAGCGCUUUUGUGCUGGCUGAUAACCUUUUGAAGACUGACAUUGUCAGGGAGAACACAGACAAUAUUCAAUUGGAAGUUGCAAGGCUGAGCACAGAAGGAAACUUAGAAGACCUAAAAUUUCCAGAAAACAUGGGUCAUGGAAGCACUAUCCAGCUUUCCGCAAAUACUCUAAAACAAAAUGGUCGAAACGGAGAAAUUAGAGUGGCCUUUGUCCUGUAUAACAACUUGGGUCCUUAUUUGUCCACGGAGAAUGCCAGCAUGAAGUUGGGAACAGAGGCUAUGUCCACCAAUCAUUCUGUUAUUGUCAAUUCCCCUGUUAUUACAGCAGCAAUAAACAAAGAGUUCAGCAAUAAAGUUUAUUUAGCUGAUCCUGUGGUGUUCACUGUUAAACAUAUUAAGCAGUCCGAGGAGAAUUUCAACCCUAACUGUUCAUUUUGGAGCUAUUCCAAGCGCACAAUGACAGGUUACUGGUCAACACAAGGCUGUCGGCUCCUAACAACAAAUAAGACACAUACUACAUGCUCUUGUAACCACUUAACCAAUUUUGCAGUACUGAUGGCACAUGUGGAAGUUAAGCACAGUGAUGCGGUCCAUGACCUUCUUCUGGAUGUGAUCACGUGGGUUGGAAUUUUGCUGUCCCUUGUUUGUCUCCUGAUUUGCAUCUUCACAUUUUGCUUUUUCCGUGGGCUCCAGAGUGACCGUAACACCAUCCACAAGAACCUCUGCAUCAGCCUUUUUGUAGCUGAACUGCUCUUCCUGAUUGGAAUCAAUCGAACGGACCAACCAAUUGCCUGUGCAGUUUUUGCUGCCCUACUACAUUUCUUCUUCUUGGCGGCCUUCACCUGGAUGUUCCUGGAGGGAGUGCAACUCUAUAUCAUGCUGGUGGAGGUUUUUGAGAGUGAGCAUUCACGGAGGAAAUACUUUUACCUGGUUGGCUAUGGGAUGCCUGCGCUCAUAGUGGCUGUGUCCGCGGCGGUAGACUACAGAAGUUAUGGAACAGAUAAAGUAUGUUGGCUCCGACUUGACACCUACUUCAUUUGGAGCUUUAUAGGACCAGCGACCUUGAUAAUUAUGCUUAAUGUAAUCUUCCUUGGGAUUGCUUUAUAUAAAAUGUUUCAUCAUACUGCCAUUCUGAAACCUGAAUCGGGCUGCCUUGAUAAUAUCAAGUCAUGGGUUAUAGGUGCAAUAGCUCUUCUCUGCCUGUUAGGAUUGACCUGGGCCUUUGGACUCAUGUAUAUUAAUGAAAGCACAGUCAUCAUGGCGUAUCUCUUCACCAUUUUCAAUUCUCUACAGGGAAUGUUUAUAUUCAUUUUCCAUUGUGUCCUACAAAAGAAGGUACGAAAAGAGUAUGGGAAAUGCCUGCGGACGCAUUGUUGUAGUGGCAAAAGUACAGAGAGUUCCAUUGGCUCAGGGAAAACAUCUGGUUCUCGAACUCCUGGACGCUACUCCACAGGCUCACAGAGCCGAAUUCGUAGAAUGUGGAAUGACACGGUCCGAAAGCAGUCGGAGUCUUCCUUCAUUACUGGAGACAUAAACAGUUCAGCGUCACUCAACAGAGGAGCCAUGGCUAAUCAUCUUAUAAGCAAUGCUCUGCUUCGUCCGCAUGGUACUAACAAUCCCUAUAAUACAUUGCUUGGGGAACCGGCGGUCUGUAACAACCCUUCUGUCAGCAUGUACAACGCACAAGAGCCCUACAGAGAGACAAAGGGGCUUCUGAACAAUGCCAGGGAUACAAGUGUCAUGGAUACUCUACCACUGAAUGGUAACCAUGGCAAUAGUUACAGCAUUGCCAGUGGCGAAUACCUGAGCAACUGUGUGCAAAUCAUAGACCGUGGCUAUAACCACAAUGAGACCGCCCUAGAGAAAAAGAUUCUGAAGGAACUCACUUCCAACUAUAUCCCGUCUUACCUGAACAACCACGAGCGCUCCAGUGAACAGAACAGGAAUCUGAUGAACAAGCUGGUGAAUAACCUUGGCAGUGGGAGUGAAGAUGAUGCCAUUGUCCUGGAUGACGCCACCUCCUUCAACCACGAGGAGAGUUUGGGCCUGGAACUCAUUCAUGAGGAAUCUGAUGCUCCUUUGCUUCCCCCAAGAGUCUACUCCACAGAGAACCACCAGCCACACCAUUACACCAGAAGGCGGCUCCCCCAAGACCACAGUGAGAGUUUUUUCCCUUUGCUAACCAACGAGCACACAGAAGAUCUCCAGUCACCCCAUAGGGACUCUCUGUACACCAGCAUGCCAGCACUGGCUGGUGUGCCUGCCACAGAGAGCGUUACCACCAGCACCCAGACCGAACCCCCACCGGCCAAAUGUGGUGAUGCCGAAGAUGUUUACUACAAAAGCAUGCCAAACCUAGGCUCCAGAAACCACGUCCAUCAGCUGCACACCUACUAUCAGCUAGGUCGCGGUAGCAGUGAUGGAUUUAUAGUUCCUCCAAACAAAGAUGGGACCCCUCCAGAGGGAAGUUCAAAAGGACCAGCUCAUUUGGUCACUAGUCUAUAGAAGAUGACACAGAAAUUGAAACCGACAAAACUGCUAACACCUGGUUGACUGUUCUGAGUUGAUAUAAGCAGUGGUAAUAAUGUGUGUACUCCUAAAUCUUUAUGCUGUUCUUGAAAGACAAACACAAACUUUCAGACUUUUUUUUUUUUUAACUGGGAUUUUUAGGUCAGCCCAGGGGAGAAAGAUAACUGCUGAAAUUCCCCUGUGCCCUCUCCUUUCUUGUCUUUUCCCCCUCAGAUGGAGACUUCAUUAUGUUAAUGAACGAGAUAUGAAGAAAAUGGCGCUCAUUGUGGCCUUGUUGAAUUAUGUUGUGUUUGUUCUAACAUCUCUGAUGCUCUGUUACUAUGAUUACAAGGACCUGAUUUUUAAAAGGCCAGAACAGUUGUUUGACAUUAGUAACAAUGCUGCAUCUAGAUUGGAGUGCUGCACAAACAAACAUAAAAACAAAGCAAAACUGUAUCACAUAGUGGUUUUUAGUCACUCACAACCUGAAUUCACCACAGUGGGAAUAGCUGUGGAAUACAAAAUAAAACAACAAAUUAAUAAUGAAAUGGAGGGGAAUUCUAGAAUUAUAUGCUAAAUGCAUAUUUUAUGAUUUGCUGUAUUAACUGAUGAUAAAACUAAUGGCAGAAAAAAAAUUGAACAAUUUCUAUGUAAUGUACAGAUACUAGCAUUGCACAUAUAGUCAGCUUUCUGUUCCUCCAGAAUUUGAGUCCUGUUAAUGUAGUGGAAAAAAAGAGAUAUUUUUUCUUUUUCUUUCGUGCUGGUCUUGCAAGUUUGUCUGCCAGUAAGAGAGCAAAGUUUCCUUCCUUCCUUCCUUCUUUUCUUUCUUCCUUCAUUUUCUUUGCUUUUCCUUCUCUUUUUCCUUUCUUCUUUUUUUCUUUCCUUUUAUUUUUCCUUUAUUUUUUCUUUAAAAUUUCACCUGGCAAAAAAAAAAAAAUAAAUAAAUAAAUAAAUGAAACUAUCACUUUAUAAGAAUCAUUUUCUAGUAAUGCAAACAAAUUAUUUUUUACAAAAAAAUAAAAUAAAUAAAAUUAGACUUCCUUCCCUCACUAUAUAUCUUUAUUCAGUCAGAAUAUUUCCAAGAGCAUUUUUGCAGAUUAGAGCAGGACGAACUUUUAUGUUUACAGUAUACAUCUGUUGUAAUGCAAAGUAUAUUUGGCAAGCAGUUGAUCACCAAGACAGUAGCUAUGAUUCUAGAAGUCAAGAGGCGUCAAUAGAACUAGUGGGGCUUCUGCAUGUGAAAAAAAAAAACGGUAUCCCAUAGGCAUUAAAGUGCUGAAUGCUCAGUCUGAUCCCCAAGUGGGCACCCGCACUACCAAUUUUUAAAGGAAAUUCACUCCCUUGUAGUAAGAAAUGAAAGGUCAAGUUAUUUUGAAGUGAUUUUUUUAAAUUCUUCUGUUUAUUAACAGGAAAAUUUAUUUAUUUGACAGGAUUUUAAGUAAUGUAGGAAUACAAGAGGUAAAUUAGCAGCACAUAUAAUUUUUUUUUAAAUUUAUGAUCCAUUUUGUAUGGUCUCAAAGUUGGAUGACCUCAUUACUAAUAUUUGUUGUAAAAGUGAAACUUGUUUGCCAACCAAUAAACAACUGAUUGAGAUUUAGAAGACAUUGUUUUGAUGUAUGUACUAUAUGAUGAAUUAUUCUUUUCAUUUUUCUCGUCUUUCCUUCUGUUUUCAUUAUAUAUACUUUGCUAAUCGAUUACUCUAUGGCCCAAAUGAGCCAUGCAAUAGAAAUCAGAUCUGCCUAGAAGAAUAACCUAAGCACAAAAUUUUACCAUUUUUGCAGACAAAGUAAACCAGAAAAAUGGGAUGGGCAUGUUUAUGUUGAAUGAAAUAAGAUGCAUAACUUACUUUUAAGCAGGUUAAUAUAAGCUACUAUGUGCUUAUUUUAUAAGCAGCAGCCAUCAUGCUUACUAUAAAAACCAGCUUCAAUCAGAGAUUUAUGUAUUGAAUUGAAGAGGGGGUGAGUCACUUAUUUUCCUUUCCUGUAAGUUCUAUUUUGAUGUCAGAAAUUUAAAGUCAUUCAGUUGGCUCAAAGCUGCCAGUUUAAUGGCAAAGAGAAUAUCCAUUUUAUAAAGAUAGUAGAAGACAUUUUUAUGCUAAUUUUUCUUGCCCCAUAUAUGAAACAAAGUCCUUUCAAAGAAACUUUCUAGAUCUCCAAUUACUGAAGAACCUUUACCAGCAGUGUCUAAACAUAGAGUCCCUUCUAGAGCAAAGCUAGAAUGAAUUUGCCAAAUUGUAAUUUAUCUUGUAGUGUAUGAUAUUUUGGUGACUUCUUCCCCCCCCCCCGCCAAAUCUGAACACCACCUACCUAUUAAUUAAUUUCUUAACUUAAGAUGAGAUGGAAUAGUUUAUGGAAUAACCAGUAAUCUCUAUAUAGUUUAAGAAUAUAUGACAAAAGAAAGAAUUCUGUGCUGGGCCAGAGUACAUCAUAAUCUUAAUAUUCACCUCAGAAUAUUUUAUGCAUCAUUCCUUUUUAGUCACUUAACACGAGUAAUUUUUAAGUCUCUAGAAUUGUUCUUGAGUUGCAGGAGAACUUCAAGCUUUAAUGGUAAUUAGGUUUUCACAUCCCACACUGUGGCAAUAUUAGCACCUGAAAGGUGGUUUGCCUAUCUGUUGCAUAGAAUACAUUUGGUAAUGAAAAAGCCCCUUUUAGACAACUUGUCUAAAGUUGGCCUGUGGAUUAUGAGCGCUUAUGCUUGUUUCGCCAAUUCAGCAGAGAUCUAUAUGAAAGCAGCUCGUCAGUAAGAAGCUAGUUUCACAGAACAAUGGGGAAACUACCUCAAGUCAGCUUGCUGAGGCUGCCAAUUCUGAUUUUCUGAUAUUGCUACCUCCCUGCCCGCUAUCUUUUAUGUGUCAUUACAUGGAAUUUGAAACAGGUAGCCUCCCCAGCUUUACACAGACCAACUGAAGAAAAUCACUUGAAUACAUAACUGGUGCAGAAGGCCAUUUAGGACUGUCAGUUACUACCAAGCCCUUGCAUAAAGAUGAAAGGGUGAGAUGUUUGAAUUCGAAUACAUCACAAUUGAUGUGCUAUCAGAGAGACAAGAUCCCAAAGACUUUUACAGAAAGAGAUUGUUCCCUCAAGUUUUAUGUGACUAUACUGAAACAAAACAGUAGAUAUAGGAGCUAAUUAUGUGUACAUUUCAAUAGAAAUUUGUGUAUAUCUAACAUGUAUUCAUUUAGUCCUUUUUAUACUAGCAAGGCUUGAGUUCCUAAACUUGACUUUUUUUCACAUGUAUUUUCAUGCAUAGCUAUUGAUAAAUUAAUAAUUUUUAAAAAGUUUAUUGUUUUUUUGCCACCUUUGGUUGACUAUACUUCAAUACCCUGUGCCAUUCAUGACUUACUUAUCUGCCUACUUCUGAUAUACUUAUCUGAAAUUCUAUAAAAAACUAUAUUUUCAUCAAGCAGACGGACUGUACCUACAUAGCACAUCAUUUGGAUAGCUGGAAGUAAAAGUUAUGCCAAUAAAACAAACCAAUUAUUAUUUCCUAGUAAAAUAAUAUUUUUGUAAUAUUUUACUCUCGAGCUUUUUUUUUUUUUUUUUCUUUUGAGGUCUAUCUCCCAAGGUACUUUGCAGGACACUAGCUAACAGAUCUCAUGUCUAGUUGACUCACAGACUGUUGGAUUGUUGCAAAGCCCAUGUUCCUAAUUGAUAAUAUUUAUGGAGAAAACUACAUUUUGUGAAGGAAAAAUAGAUUUGAAUUUCAAUUUAAGUUUUUGAACAUCCCUCCAGUUCCACUCUAUUAAAAGUAAAAAAUACUAUAGUUGAAUAAUAAAUUGCCAUGCUUAAAUAAUCAUGACAAAAAAGAACUUGCAUGAGAACAAUUAUGUCAAAGUGAAAAUAAUCAGGAAACUGUAUUAAUAAAAUGUAGAUAAUGGAAAUAUCCUUAACUUCCUAUCAGGCAAAUUCACAAAGACUCAAAACUAAAGUGUAGUUUAUGAUAUAUACUUUGAAAAUCCCCAUUAACCUAAAAAUGUCAACAUAUUGAUAAAAGAUCUUUAAGAUUUAGUGUUUUUAAAAAAUUAGUUGGUGUGACGAAACUUUUCAUGGUAAUAGAGAUAAACAUAUAAGAGAAUUAGUAAUAGUCAUAUAGAACCCAUGGACUUAAUUUUAGCCAGUAUCUUCAGCUUUUUCCCCCACACAUGUUCCAAUCCAUUGACAAAGGUUUAUUUAGUUUAAAAAAUGACAUUAAAAACUUUUAAAGACUGACUUUCUGCAGUAUAGAGAACAAAAGGGAGAGGGAAACCAGUUUCUGGGUUGUCUAAAGAUCAACUCCAGACUAAUCAAUAAUCAGCUCCUAUUAGUGAAAGAAGCAUUUGUUUUCAGAAGUUGUGCGUUAGUAUUAUACCAAAGUGCUACUGCUUGAGGUGUUUUAGAAAAAACAAAAGCACUACAGAACUACUAUAUUACUGCAAAUUUAGAGAGAGAAAGAAAGAAACCCAGACUCUAAUUUGAUUUUGAGCAAUUCUAAAAAUAUUGACAAGAAUGUCCUUUCUUCUGUUACAAAACUAUUUGAGAUAAAAUAACAAUAUGUACGAUCUUCUAGUAUAUGUAGUACCAAGGUAUUUAGAUUUGAUGAGUUCAUGUUUAGUGGUUCAUAAUUAUAACUCACAACAUAAAAAAUUACUAUGCAUUUCUAAAAAUACUUUACAUACAUCCUCUGUUAGAUUUCUGCACAUUAAUAAAUUAGUUAGGAACAUGGGAGCACAAGAGUGAAACAGCAACAUUAGAAAAUAGCUUAUGGAAGCAUUUUUGUGCAAAUGAAUUCUACGUGGAAAGCUUCUUUGAGCUCAUAAAAUAGAUUUGAUGGAUCCCAACCAGAAAUUCAAUUUUGUAAUCAGCAAAUACAUACUUCUGAAGCCAUCUGAAAAAAUAUUGGUAAAUAUCUAAAUUUUCAUUUCUAAAUUAAAAUGUUGGUAGCUGCUUCUUUCCUGCUUAGGCCAUAAGAGGAAUCUUUCCUAUUUUCUAAUUAACCUGAUUAGUUUCUACUUCACUUUUGCUUUAAAAGGGAAAUCAAUCUUUAACUUUCACCUAUACACUUACAUACUUUGAUUCCUUUUAUUUACAGCUUGCAGAAGAAAUAGCUUGUUUACAAUAUUGCAAACUUUGUGAUUUUUGCAAUAUAACAGGUAGUUACUAUAGUUUUGCAUAUUUUCAUUUUCAAUAAACUUAUUGCCCUACCCUCUUUAAAAAAAUUAAAAGCACGUCUCCAACAUCCAGGACCUGUAGGUUAUUAUUCAAAUGUCUUCAUUUCAGCUAUGUUUUGAUGUUUAUUUCUCUCUUAAUAGUAUGUCACACAAACUUUUCUCAUUUCACUUGUCCCAUCAGAGUAUUUCAAAGGUAAAGGCAAACUAUGAUUUUUAAGAAGGCACGUGAAAGGAGAACUUUGAUUUAUAAUGGAGAAGUUGAGGAAGACUACACAAGGAAAAACCUCUGUUGGGAUAAGCAAGUCUUUUCCAUCACAAUAUGAACAGAAGGGCAGAUCCAAGUUGGCAUACUUAUGGUGAGGCAGCAGGACCUAAAUUCGAGUUCAAAAGAAAAAAAAAAUCCAGGAAAAAAUAAUGAAAUUGUUUAGAGUGGUAAAAACUUUAAACAGUGUAACAAGUGCUACUGGUGUGUUAAAACAAAAAUUGAAGUAUACCAUAUGAUAAUUUUAUCCUGCUGUUUACACAGGAAACUCUAAACACUUUCAGCACUCCUUAGAUAUUUCUUGUCUAGCCACACCUUAUCUCAAGGACACAUGGAUUUUUAUAAAUGUUUCUUAAAUAUAAGUAUUUUUGCCUCAAUUCACUUUCACUCUCUAAUCUGCUUAUUCUAUUGUAUGCC